AUGAAGAAUGAUAAAACUUACCAACAAUAUUUCCUGUCUGUGAAAGAAUUAGCACUUCAUGGCAAGGUUGAAGACGCUGCGCUUAUUGAGUAUGUCAUUGAUGGUAUUCGUAACCUAGAGACCAAUAAAGUUAUUUUAUAUGGUGCUACAGACAUAAAGGAUUUUCGCAGGAAGUUGGAAAUCUACAGUGCUUUUAUAACGAAGGUGCCUAACAAAUCAGCACAGUCUGGCCAAUCAUAUGGGCCUCAUUCAACCCGUAAGAUGACUCAUGUAAAAAGAUGUUACAACUGUGGUGAAUUGGAUCAUCAAUCGCCCACCUGUCCAAAGGCAAUCGAAUGCUUUAAAUGCAAUGAAUUUGGUCACAAAUCAACUAAAUGUACAAGCAAACCUAAGAAGACGCUGAAAAUUUAA